AAUAAUAUUAUUGUAAAAAUCAAUUGCUUCUUGGUAUUUUUAUAAUGAUUGUAAACAAGCACCUAUCGAUAUAAAACAAAAAAUACCUUUGCUAACUAAGAAAGGCUUAGAAUUAGGUUAAAUUUGCAAAGCUUAGUUUAAAAAAGUAACUGCUUCAGUAUAUCUACCCAAUAGUCUUAAUGAAUCACCUAGAAAAUAAAAACUAAAACGACCUUUUGUAUGCAUAGCAUUUAGAUUUUUAGAAUCAAUUUACAAAGCUUUAUCAGCCCAUAAAAUUGCAUCAUCAUAUUUACCAAGCAUUCGUAGACUAUCAGCUAAUAAAGAGAAUGUUUAUUAUAAAUACCUUUAGUAUAUAAUAAAUUCACAUGCUUGGAAUUAAUUUCCAACGCUUUAUCAGCCCAUAAAAUUGCAUCAUCAUAUUUACCAAGCAUUCGUAGGCUAUCAGCUAAUAAAAAGAAAGUUUAUUAUAAUUACAUUUAAUAUAUAAUAAAUCCACAUGA